CGUCACACCAUUUGUGCUUCGGGUCAUCGAAGAAUCCACCCCCCAAGAACGACAAGCAACGCUUUGCUCAGCUGACCAGCCGCAUUAGUACUGCACUGCCGGGAGAUGCAUGCUGCCAUCCUUCGAUGGCUAGUAUGUAGUUGAUGAAGCGGGAAGGGACUCCGUUGAGAAUCACGGCGAUGUCAAUACCGUCGAAGAGAGAAGUAUAUAAGUUGAGAAGGCCAACAAAUACAAAAUCACAACCAGCAUUCGUUUCUAGACUACCCAAGUACUAUUAGCAUCCGACUCUCGCUCCAAGAUGCUUUCCGCGGCACUUAUCCUCGGCGCUGUUGCCACUCUGCUGGACACCGCGUCUGCCCACGGCUUCGUGAGCGACGUCUCUACCAACAAUGUCUGGGCCAAAGGCUCCAACCCCGUAUGGUACUACUCCGCCGCAAACUCUCGACCCCAGACUGCGGGUUGGGACUCAUUGAACCAGGACCUUGGUUUCGUCGAGCCCGCCUCCUUGGGCACUGAUGACAUCACCUGCCACAAGAGCGCAACCGCCGCCAGGCUCUAUGCCGAAGUCGCUGCCGGCUCAGCGUUGACCUUCUACUGGAACACCUGGCCAGAUAGUCACAAGGGCCCUAUCAUCAACUACAUCGCUCCCUGCAACGGUGACUGCACCACACUGACUCCCGGUUCUCUUCGCUGGAGCAAGAUUUCUCAGGCCGGUCUUAUCACUCCAGGCGGCAGUGGAACCUGGGCCACCGACAACCUCAUUGCUACCAACUUCACCUCGACUACCACUAUUCCCAAAAACCUGCAGGCCGGCAACUACGUCAUCCGCCACGAGAUCAUUGCCCUGCACGGCGGUCAGUCCGACAACGGCGCGCAGCUCUAUCCUCAGUGCUUGAACAUCAAGGUCACAGGUAGCGGCUCUGUCGCCCCUUCAGGCGGUGUUGCUGGCAACACUCUGUACAAGAGAAACGACGCUGGCAUCCUGUUCAACCUUUACAUCAGCCCCACGAGCUACCCAUUCCCUGGUCCAGCCCUUUGGACUGCAGCGAACUAGGUCAUGAAAGCAACCAACGCAUUCUUGGACGUUUCGAAGGUUAUACUGAGGAUCUUGGCAUGGUAACUCUUGAGUAAGAGUAGGGCGGCUGGAAAGCUUCUUGUCGAUAUUACGUUCGCUUAGAUAAGACAAUUGAUUGCUAUUCCGA